UUUUGAGCACGGAUUUCGAAUAAGAAGCAACGACUGGCGGAUUUUUAGUUGAGCAUUUAAAACAGAUAGAGCGGGUCUCGGUCGCCGGUCAGUUCAGUUGGCAAAAGGAGGGAAGCAAGAAUCUGCUUUGGAUAAUACUAUCUACAAACAUAAGGAGUCUACAUACAAGACGGUGUGUAUGUUUCAUCCUAAGAAAGCCACAAUGAAAUGCCCUCGCUACGAGGUCACCAAGACCAACAAUAUGGAGAAAAGCUCUGCUAAUGUGGCUGCUGCAGAGUACAAGGGGCUUCACCACAAAGCUUCCCCAAUGAAAGAGCCCACCCCCAUCAAACCUCAGUGCCCACCUGCAGGGGUGACCACAGUGUUGUUCUCUCUCAACAACACCACCAGAGCAGUCCACAACAAGGAAAACAGCACCAGCAGGGAGCAUGACAGGACUCUGGAUGAAGGGCAUGAGGACAGCGGUUAUUUGUCUCUACACAACAGCCAGAUUGAUGAUCACCAUGGGGAUGAAGAGGACGACCACAUCCAGAAAAAACUCACAGCAGCUCUGCUGCCUUCCUCUACACAUCAUGAAAAGACAAUCUCACCAAAUAAUUCUCCCUCCAAAUGUCAAGGGAGGACAAACUCUAGCUAUCCAGUGGUGGCGGCUUCCACUCCUGUAGAUCGUCCCAGGAGGAGAACAGCAGCAUAUUCAUCAUCAUCCACCCCUUCCAAUCGUCACAGUGACCCCAACCUGCCUAUAUUGAAGUUUCAGCAGGCUGUGUGUGAGGAGCUUGCCAAGAGCUAUCGGAAGAAUAAGAAGUAUGACUGGAGCAUUGUCUCAAAGGUGGCAGAGGAUUAUCUUUUGGAUCGGGUGAUCGGAGGCCAGAUGGGCCGGGAGUAUGUCGACAUGUUCACAUCACUGCUGUCCAGGAACAUGAGAAGCAUCCUGACCAACAUCCUGGCCCUGCUGGGAGACAUGGACCUCAUUAGCUGUAAGAAAGUGAGCAGGACAUGGAGGAAGAUCAUCUGUGAGGAUACUACAGCUCUGAGCAGGUGUCGGCAAGCUGAGGAAGCACUCAGGGAGUCAAGGAGCUCUUUGAGACAAAGGGGUUGUGGUCUAACAAGAGAUGUGGCUGUGUCCAGGAUGGUGCUAUCCUGCAUGCAGACCCUGGCCUCAUCAAGCACUCCAUCAUCAUCAUCAUCAUCAUCAUCCUCUUCUUCCUCAUCUGCCCAGAGCUGCAAGGUCAAUAGACGAACUCCUCUCUCUCAAAAGGGCAACAUGCCCAAUUCUCAGUGUACACGCUUCAAAGAUUACAUGCAGGCUGCCAGCACUCUGAAGCAACACGAGUCUCUGCGUCCCUGCAAGCGCUGCGGAUCACCAGCAACUCAUUCAGCUGAGACCCAGAGGGCCACAUGCACACGCCUCAACUGUCUCUUCGACUUCUGCACCUGCUGUCAGGAGGCUUUCCACGGCUCGACACCCUGCCGAACGGUGCAGCCCAGGACCCAGUUUCUCAGUUCCAAGACAACCCCGAUCAUACCGGGGAGCGCUCGCAGCAAGAGGAACAUCAGGCGCUUAUGACAGAGUUUUACUGAGAUUUUAAUCACUGACUGUUUUAACUGGGCAGGGUCAUCUCUCUCUGCACCGGCAGCUUGGACAGCGAGGGAUGUUUUUUUUUUUUUUAAUGCAAGGAUGGUCUGGAAGUGGCUUCUGCAUGUGAACAAUGUGGCAAUAAAAAUUUGUGUAACAGGCAGACCUAAAUCCAUCUGAAUCAACUGACUGAAGCACUUGUUAAAAAAAAAAAACACUACUGGGACAAUCAACCAGAAAGUGUCAUCUGGCUAAAACUGUUGUCGUCUGUGAGCGACAAACAAAUCUGAUGCCAAAAAGACUGAUAUCCUUUAAAAUGUACAAUUUUAUUAUGUUUUAAAAUGAAAUGUAUGUAAAUGUAUUUUAUUGUCACAUUUUAAAUAGUUUUGUAUAUAUUUUUUGCAAUAAAUGUUAAUUUUCAGGAUAUCUUUAAAUGUUCAGAUUCAGUGUAUCUGUGUUUCAUGUAAAUAGACGUUUCAUAAAACUUAA